AAUGUCUAGCAAGGACUCGCUGUUCGACUGCGCUGAUACUGCGAACGGGACUGCACCAGUGCGACUCAGUCAGUAAUCGUUUACAGAAACACAUUUUGCUGGAGUAUCCCCAACCUUGGAAAUCUGAAGGGAGAACAUCUCUUUAUAAUCGAGGACGCAUCUGUUUAUUCCACACGGAGGCGAAUUGUUUCUAAGGUUCUUCAGAGAGAUCACAUGACAGUAGGGCCACAUGACCCAGCGAUGCAGUGGCCGUAACCAGCGGAUGUCUGACAGAGCUUUGGGUUAAGCAAGAUGUCAUCAGCCACUGAAAAUGGUGUUGGAGGGUCCCGGAACACCGGCAGGGAGAAGACCUACAAAAAGACCACGUCCUCGACGCUGAAGGGGGCGAUCCAGUUGGGAAUUGGGUACACCGUGGGAAACCUGACCUCCAAACCUGAGCGAGAUGUUCUAAUGCAGGACUUCUACGUGGUGGAGAGUGUGUUUCUGCCAAGUGAGGGCAGCAACCUGACCCCAGCACACCACUACCCAGACUUCCGCUUCAAAACCUACGCCCCACUGGCCUUCCGAUACUUCCGCGAGCUCUUCGGGAUUAAACCUGAUGACUACCUGUACUCCUUAUGCAAUGAGCCGCUGAUCGAGCUGUCGAACCCUGGGGCCAGCGGCUCCCUGUUCUACGUGACCAGCGACGAUGAGUUCAUCAUCAAGACUGUUCAGCACAAAGAGGCGGAGUUUCUGCAGAAGCUGCUUCCAGGAUAUUACAUGAACCUGAACCAGAACCCCAGGACCCUUCUGCCAAAGUUCUACGGGCUGUACUGCGUGCACUCCGGAGGCAUGAACAUCCGGCUGGUGGUCAUGAACAAUGUGCUGCCGCGCUCGGUGAAGAUGCACUACAAGUACGACCUGAAGGGCUCCACGUACAAGCGGCGCGCCUCGCGGAAGGAGCGGGAGAAGGCCUGCCCCACCUACAAGGACCUGGACUUCCAGGACAUGCAUGAGGGCCUGUACUUCGAUGCCGAGACCUACAACAACCUGAUGAAGACGCUGCAGAGAGACUGUCGAGUGCUGGAGAGCUUUAAGAUCAUGGACUACAGUCUACUGCUGGGGGUCCAUGUUCUGGACCAGAGUCCAAGAGACGAGGAGGCGUUGCAGGCGGGCGGGGACGGCAGGCGGCCUGUGGGCCAGAGGGUGCUCUACUCCACAGCCAUGGAGUCCAUCCAGGGUGACGGCAAGGCGGGAGAGGUCAUGACCACCGAUGACACAAUGGGGGGAAUUCCUGCCAAGACACACAAAGACGAGAAGCUGCUCAUAUUUCUGGGGAUUAUCGACAUAUUGCAGUCGUACAGGUUGAUUAAGAAGCUGGAGCACUCCUGGAAGGCCCUGGUAUAUGACGGUGAUUCUGUCUCCGUGCACCGGCCCGGUUUCUAUGCCAACAGAUUCCUGAAGUUCAUGAGCACCACAGUGUUCCGAAAGAUUCAGCCGAUCCGGUUUUCUCCUUCCAAGAGGACAAGGAGCUCCAUCCCAGCUCUGAAGUCAUCCUCACAGGAGAUCCUGUCCUCCCAGAGUGAGGACAAGAUUGAGGACAAGAAGGACCGACUAGGUGGAGCACGCAGCCUGGCCAGUCUGGACGGACAAGUGUUCGGCUCCUACCUACGCCCUGACUUGGUCCCACCCCCUUCAUCCCUCCGAGAGGCCGCCUCCAUGGCAACCACCAUCUCCUCCUCCUCCCUCUACACCAACGACCAGUACCUGGACACCCGCUCUGAGGACAGAGAUGACCUGGCUUCCAGUUCUACAUUCACUCUGGAGGACAGUGCCAUCUGCCUGACGUCGGAGCAAAGCACGCUGGACAUGGACAGAGAUGACGGCUCUGUGUUGGAUGUCUACUUGUAAAGAGGGGUGGGAGUGAUGACUGCAUCUUUUCGACCAACUCCCCCCCAUUGAUCAUUCCAACAGUCGCCACCUUCAACCGGACAAGCCAAGGGGCACAUCCUGUGGUCACAGGGGCCCCCAGCGCCAUACCCAAUGGCCUUGUCUGAAACUGCUGAAGCAAUAGCUGCUGUUGUCCCACUGCGGGCUGUUGCAAAUUCAGAGUGGACCGGGGCACACGCACAUUACAGACCGGACAAACAGACUCAAUCACUUAAGAGAAAGUCAUCGCUGAGUU